AGCCCCCCAACCAUUUUUUUAACCCCUCCUCGUCCUUCUUCUUCUAUUCCAAAACUCCAACGUCCUUCCUUUUCUAAUAUCUCGCACAAACCCUAGCUUAAUCAGAAUGCCCUGAAGAACGCGCAAGAAAGAGAGAAAUCUUGGAGAAUUUGCGUUGCUCACAGCUCCGGUGUUCGGAUUUCAUCGCUGUUCUUGUUGACUCGUGCCGACAAAGUGAGUUUCCCCUCGAAAAUGUGAUAGAAACAGAGGGUCCCUUUCUUUUCAUUCUCAAUCGGAGCUGGUUCCCUUCUUUUUGAGUUUCGCAGGAACUGAGAAAUUAAUGUUCUUGACCAAGUACCUCGUAAUUCUUUUGAUAAUUGAAGCGAAGACGAGAGAGGACAAAGAUGUAAUUAGGCUUAUUGAAGAUGAUUUAGAGUAUCAAUGUCUUGUGAAAAUUCUGGACAAUGGAUUCAGCUCUGCACCUUUAGUUCAUAUUUUCAGUUCAUGAUUUUUUGAAGUCGCCUAAAUUUCGAGCUCAUCAUAUCGCCAAGAACGGGAUGCGCAUUCAGUUGACUGAACUCGAGGAAGUUUCUUUGCCUACUCGAUCCAGAAUUAUUGUUGGACUUUUUGAAACUGGUUGAUGCCGAUUGUUCUGAUGACCAACAAUAGACCUGGGACUAAGGGGCUUGCAGAAGAAAAUCACCAUAAAAACGAUGAAAACAAGUAUAGAAGGGAUGGAGUCACAGGCGAUGGCCAGGAGCUGGCAGAGGAAGAUGAGUUGCAGAUCAAUGAGGAUGUGGAAGGUGCAUUGAAUAGAAAGGUUGAAGAAAUCCAAACGCAGGAUUUGGUGCAUGGACAUUCUGUUAUUCCAAGGAUGCAGCAGUCAGAAGAGUCGUUGGUUCACUGGGAAAGGUUUCUACCAUUGAGGUCUCUGAAGGUACUGCUGGUGGAAUAUGAUGAUUCGACUAGACAAGUCGUCACUGCACUACUUCGAAAUUGUGGCUACGAAGUUACAGCUGUAGCCAAUGGUCUACAGGCAUGGAAAGUCUUGGAAGAUCGGUCCAAUAACAUAGACCUUGUUUUGGCUGAGGUUGCCAUGCCUUCUUUUUCGGGCAUUGGACUCCUAUGCAAGAUUAUGAGUCACAAAUCCUGGAAAAACAUUCCUGUAAUUAUGAUGUCAUCUCACGAUUCCAUGAGUGUAGUCUUCAAAUGUUUAUCGAAGGGUGCAGUUGACUUCUUAGUGAAGCCAAUAAGAAAGAAUGAGCUUAAAAAUCUCUGGCAGCAUGUUUGGAGAAAAUGCCACAGUUCUAGUGGUAGCGGAAGUGAAAGUGGUAUAAGGACUCAAAAAUCUACCAAGUCAAACGGUUGUGAGGACUCUGACAACAACACUGGCAGCAAUGAUGAGGAUGAUAUUGAGAGCAUCGGCGUUAGGGAUGGAAGUGACAAUGGAAGUGGCACUCAGAGCUCUUGGACGAAAAAGGCGGUGGAAAUUGACAGUCCUCGGAAAGCGUCCUCUUGGGAGCAGUUGGCUGAUCCUUUAGAUAGCACCUGUGCACAGGUUAUGCAUACAAGGCCUGAUACACUCAGCAGCAAUUGGGUGCCUAUGACUGCAAUGAGGAAUGCUAAGGGAAAAUAUGAUGAACUUGGCUUGGUUCCUUUUCAAGACAAAGAUAUGAUGCGCAAGGACUUGGAGAUAGGAGCACCUAAUCUGCAGACUGAAGAACCAAGUAAAAAUGAUAAAAUUACUACAGAUCCUACCGCCAAUGAAACCUCUGAGGUUGGCUACAGAAAGAAUAACGAGCAAUUGGAGAAUAGGCAAUUGGAGCUCAACAGUGAGAAACCAAAUGCCAAAACUGGUGCUGUAACUAAUGGUAGCAACCCUCCGAUGCAGAGAGUCAAUUUAAAUAUCGGCAACGGCUUAUCCAAAGUGUCUGACGUGAAUGAUAAGGCCGCAUAUGAUACCAAGGAGAUGCCAUCUCUUGAGCUCAGUUUGAAGAGGAUGAAAGAUGAUGUUGAGAGCAAUCCCCAUGGCAAAAAUAUUCUAAGACAUUCUGGCCUCUCAGCUUUCUCAAGGUACAACUAUUCUACUCCUAAUCAAACUCCAACCGGAAAUGUCGGUAGCUGUUCCUCAGCUGACAAUUGCUCAGAAGUAGAUAAAACAGAGUAUCUGCAGAAUUUCCGGUCCAAUUCAAGCAGCCCUCCGCAGAAUCAAGGUUCCAAUGGAAGCAGUAACAAUAAUGACGUGGGUUCCACCACUAACAAUGCUUUCACAAAGGUAGAAACUGUCACUGAUAAACCACCGUCUAAAUCUAUGUUAAAAUAUCUCCAUCAAUCUUCUGCCUUCCAACCAUUACAAAAUAGCGGUACGUGUCCUCAGCCUGCAAUAGAGGGUAUAGCAGAACCAGCAAUGGCUCACAUGAUCGUGGCACAAGCUAGGGGUAUGAAACAUCACGUUCAGGUGCAACACCACCACCACCAUUACCACCUCCACCACCACCACCAUGCGCAGAACGUAACUCAUAUGCAGGAGCCAGCUAAGGAUCAUGACAUGGUGUCGGAAAGCACACCAACUGCUGCUCCACAGUGUGGGUCAUCUGACGUCUUGAGUACACCAUAUGAAGGCAUUGUUGCCAAUAACAGCUGCAACAGGAGUGCCUCUGGCAGUAAUCAUGCAAGCAAUGGGCAGAAUGGGAGGAACCUCCCCACAAAUGAUCAAGAAACAAACAUGGAUGGAGAUAAUAAGGUAGCUGAAGAAAGUGGAGCCAACAGCGGGAUUGGAUAUACAAACAGGAAUGGAGUUGAACAAAGUCGGAAUGCCCAAAGAGAAGCUGCUCUAAACAAAUUUCGGCAAAAAAGAAAAGAAAGGUGUUUCGAGAAAAAGGUUCGAUACCACAGCAGGAAGAAACUGGCGGAACAGAGACCCCGCAUUCGUGGACAAUUUGUGCGGCAGGCUGUCAAUGAGAUCAAAGGGCAGGAGACAAGUUCCUGACCUUUUAUCCUGAUGAAGAUGUGGGAUUUUGUGGUCAAUCUGAUCUGCGCAAGCACACAACAUUUAUUAUGUGAUUGAAGACAUUCAGAAGACACCAUGGUACUAUAUAUAUAUAUAUAUAGCGUGAACUCAUGUUGCUAUUGCUAUUGUACUACGAGAUGGUAUGCUGUGGACCUAAUCUAGGUUAUCUCUAAAGACGUUGUGUGCUGAUUGUUUCCACAAGACAUUCUGCACAAAUAAAUGCUAGAAGUCUGAUUUUCACA